AUGUGCUUCUUAAUUCUCCCCCCCCCCAAUUUCCUUUCUCCCCCCAAGGACGCUGUUCUCAACGCCUGUUACCGCGGCUGCCGGCUGUUUUCCAUCUGUCAUUUUGUGGACGCCACCGCCGACCUGAAUGCAACCAGAGCCGAGUGCGAAUCGGCCUGCAUGGAAGCUUACGUUGGCAGGGAAGAACAAUUUGGUUGCACAACGGGAUGCAGAACGCAGAUGCCGGAUGCAGCAGUAGAGAAUAGCGGAGAAAAGAUCCAAGAUCCGAAACCCACCUCGUUCUCCGUCUUCGACCUGGUCUCCAGUUUUUGCAACGAUAUCGUCAGUUCGGCCCAGAGCUUCAUUUCCUCUACGUGGACCUUCUACUUGCAGGCAGACGAUGGAAAAGUUGUGGUGUUCCAGUCACAACCGGAAAUCGAGUACCCUGUUUCAGAGGUCCAGGCACCCAAGUCGGAGGUUUCGGAGAAAGCCUGGACCGUUUCUGCUUCCAAUACCCUGAAACCUCACACAGGCCUUCGGGAGAAACUGGACCGGCCUCCCGUUGAAGAGCCGAAAAGCCGAGCCAAAUUCCAGCCCCCGGCGGAGACCCAAACGCCUUUGGAGCACGAUUUCCUCGGCUGUAUGUCCAAGCGUUCGGGGCUGCCUCGCUGGAUCCUGGCCGCUUGCCUCUUCCUCUCCAUCAUGGUGAUGCUCUGGCUCAGCUGCGCCAGCCUCGUGACCGCACCGGAUCAACACGUCAAGACUCAGCCGCUGAGCAUCAAUGGGGAUAAGGAGUACCUCGACGACCUGGAGGGACCCGUGCCGUAUUCGCUGCGGCCCGUCAUCGCCGUAGCCAUCUGCCCAGCUGACGAGAACGAGGAAGCCGGCCUGCUGCCGGUCAAAGUGGAUUUAGACAAGACCGCUCUCUAAGAACCCCUUUCCCCCGGUCAUUAAGACCCUCUACCAAUCACUCCCUCUGCCCCCUCCCCAAUUCCUUUCAGUGUCCCUUAGAAAUCCACCCUGAUCUCUCCACCUUGUAGCUUCAUAUCCGGUCACCUGUCAUCCAGGUAGGGCGUUUUGGUGCUCCGGCGGGUUAUGCCAGAACACACCCACACCCACACACACACACCCAUUUUUCACCAGCAACGACAUCUCGGAGGAACGGGGUGUCGAGAUACUUUCAAAUAAUCCCAUGAUUAUCUCCGCGGAUCGCACUUUUCUUUUCUUUUUUAAUGAUGACCCAACAUUGAACCAUCUCCAACAUCAGCUCCUGGAGAGAGGUCUUUUUGGGUUUCGACGAAUUUCACGGACGGGGGCUUUUCGUUUCCUUUCACUCUGGCGCAACUCCAUGUGGGUGGGCCGCGGCUUAGCGAGGGGGGAGCGUGCGCUUGGCCUGCGGGAAGUCCUGGGUUCGAUCACUUAAAAAGGGGAUUGGGGAGCCGUUGAUGGGACCGUCCGCUUUCUACUCGGGCCCUUGGAAGAGAUCCGGUCACCACUGACUCAGUAGAAGGUCACUUCCCGUGUCCAAAAGGAGAAGGAAAAAUAGGCAGAGGUUGACAUGAAUCAUAGAAUGGUAGAGUUGGAAGGAGCCUCUAAGGCCAUUGAGUCCAACCCCCUGCUCAAUGCAGGAAUCCACCCUAAAGCAUCCCUGACAGAGGGUUGUCCAGCUGCCUCUAGUGUGGGAGAGCCCACAACCUCCCUAGGUCACUGGUUCCACUGUCGUACUGCUCUAACAGUCAGGAAGUUUUUCCUGAGGUCCAGCCGGAAUCUGGCUUCCUGUCACUUGAGCCCAUUAUUCCGUGUCCUGCACUCUGGGAGGAUGGAGAAGAGAUCCUGGCCCUCCUCUGGGUGACAACCUUUUAAGUAUUUGAAGGAGGGUUCCCAUGACUUCUAGAGUCUGGACAUGGGAUUGGUUUGUGGGACAGAGUUUGGCCAUCAAUGUUUCAGUGCAAAGUUCUGCCACAGGGCCCAACCGUUCAGUCCUCAAGACUGAAAUUUAGGUGAUGACAGAUGCAGUAUUUUCCCUCUCCAAGGCCACUUGGUGUAAAAUAUUUCCCGCCCCCCCUUCUUUCGCCUCUAGAACCAGCUCCUACAAGGAGCUACGGAGUGCCACUGGGCUUAUGCAGAUACGUUUUUCUUUUUUUAAAUCAAGUCACCCCUUGAUGGAUGCAUGGCGCCUCACGUCCCCCGGUAUGUGUUCAUAGGAAAUACCCACUCUUCAACCUCCUCUCCCCUCCAUGAUGCAAACGCCUCGUACCUCUCGAACCUGCGUUAGGAUUUUCGUCGUUGUUGUGGCUUUUCCGAUUUAUUUUUGCAUUGGUUCCCGGUUCUCUUUCUCCGGCCCUUUAAGCAACUUGUGGUGUUGUUGAAGACCCUUUUACUCUGACGCGUCAGCUCGGAUCGCUUGUAAAUUCUGCCUAAUGCUCGUUUCUCUGUACAUAUUUCUGUUUGCACUCUAACUUUCCCCCCUGCCCCGUAUUAGCCGAGGAGAGAUUUCUGAAAACUGUCAGCCCGUAGAAAGUCCUUUGCUUCGAAACACUUGACUCUUGAAUGCACUCCGACAUAUCUAGUGCGGGAAAAGUGUGGCAGAGGAAUAUAUUUUAGGAACUUUGGAGGUGGGGUUCAUUUGUCUUUCACCGAAACUUCUGCAACAGAUGCGUAACGCUAAGCUACGUCCACCCCAUCUUCGUCCUCCUGGGCUUGUUUUAAUUCCAUGAGAGUUGAAUCCUGCCGCCGCCUUUUUUGGGAGGGCCACAGAAGAGAAGACCUCGUUUACACUCAGGCGGUGCAAGAUGGAAGGCCAUAUCUAUCUAUCUAUCUAUAUCUCUAUCUAUAUCUCUAAUAAAUCUUUUUGUCUGUCCUGGAAGUGUUGAAGAGAAAUGGUUUGUUUAGUUUAUUAAUUUAAAAAAAAUAAAAUAAAAGCUGUGAAAAGGAACGGGCAA